UUUCAAGAGAGGCAGGACGCGCCAAGUCCCGAAAGAAGAGCGGGGGGAAAAGUGCGGUUGGCAGUCCAGUAAUAUAAGACUCUGGAGAGGGGGGAUUCCAACGGCGGUGACAGCCCCAGUAGUUGCGCCGCGGCCCGAGGGGGCGAUCGGGUCCGGAGGGUCGUACUGGGAACUGUUUAUAGCCCUGUCAGAACUGCGGAGAGAGGGGAGGUAGAGGCCUGAAGGCUGCUUGGAUGAUGGCACGCUGAGCAGCACCCCUGGAGCCUAGGUCCCCAUGGCGUCCCAGGACAAAGAUGAGGAGUCCUCACGUCCCUGGGCCUCCCAGGCAGGGCCGUGGGGUGCCAUCCUUGAGGCUGUCAGGGAGCAGCUCCCAUCUCUGGACUCCGAUUCCUCCUUGUCAGACUGCGGGGCAGAGGAGCUGUUCAUCUUCCAGCGAGAUCACACUGCCCUGAUCCCAGACCUGUCGGAGGAGCUGGCUGAAGACCCUGCCAGGGCCUGGCUUGCUACAGUCCACGGAUCUCCUGAGCCAGGUGUGGUGCCCGUGGAGCCCGGCACAGAGCCCUGGAGAGAGUGGGGCAGAAGAACAGAGGCUCUCGCCUCUCUGCAGGGCGGGGACCCUGGCGGGCCUGUAGAGACCAGUUCUCUUCUCGGGGUGCCCGAGGACACCCCCAAGUGGCAGGAAGGCAACCAUGGGGCUGUGUCGCUCGGCAUCCAGGGGACUCGCCAGAGCCCGCAGGGAGAAGCUACCCUCUGCCUCUGGGAAGGCAACCUAAAAACAGAGCCCCAGAGCACCGCCUCACAAGCCUGGCGGGGCACAGACUACGCAAACCGCAGAGCCCUCCGAAAGGAGCGAAGGAAGAUGAUUGAGAAGGACAUACUCCAUAAGGUCACCUGGGAUGCCCAGGACCCAGCCUGCAGUGACCGAAGUCAAGAGAAGGAGGCAGCGGCAGCUCCGAGACCAGAGAUGCCAGCAGAGGGGCCCCAGGAAGGACGGCUGUUGCUCUCCCUCAAGCAACUUGAAGAGUGGGAUUUGGAUCACAUCCUUCAAAGACUGGCAAGGCAAGAAGAUGACAGGGGAGAUCGCGCACCCGGAGCCACGUGGUGGGCAGCUGACCACCUGGGCCGAGACCACACCCUGCUGAACACCCAGGACAGGCUCAUGGAACAGCUCACCCUCCUGUGUGCCACACAGUCCAGAGCCCCUUCUGCCUGGAAGGCGCCUGCUGACGCACCCCAGGACACCAAGCAGCAGGAGACCAGCAGCAGAACUGCUCCCAUGGAGCCGGGCUGCCAGGCUGAGCUGGGCCAGUCACUGGCUUAGAGCCUGCAGCUACGGCGCCCAGCAGAGCCUCCUACCAUCUUCAUCGAUCUGCGGCCCACGGAGCCAUCGAACCUCGGGUCUUCAGAAAGCUCCAGCUCCUCUGACAGCGAGGAGGAGGAAGAGACCGGGGCUCUCGGAGACCAGCAAGGAGCAGCAGAGCGGGAGCACCAUUCCUCCCGGGGGCUAAGGGACUGUACUGGGAAGAGUCAGCUUCUCCAGCAGCUCAGGGAAUUUCGGAAGGGGACGGCUCAGCCCAAUCUGCCGGCCACUGAGGGUCCCGGUGGCCAGAAGUCUCAGGUCCUUGAAGAUACAGCCAGCUCCGGAACUGGGAGGAAGCCGCAUGUGACACCCCAGGCUGAGGAGCAGAGCACCCAGACCAGACCCCCAGGCGCAAGCCCCAGGGCACUGGGGGACCGUCGUGGGGCAGGGACAGCCAGGGAGGCCUGGGUGCCUCCACUGGGCCAGGUGUAGCUGCCUCCAGGACCUUCUGAGGAGGAGCUUGGCGGGAUGAUUCUGACUGUCCAUCGACAUGCCUGGGCCCUGGUGGCCUGCUGGCUCUCCCGUGCUUCCACGAGAAUGUGCUUAUGUCGCCCAGGGAUCCUCAGACUGGGGGUCUGUCACCCAGACCUCUGUUAAAAUGGGGUGCCUGUAGAGCAAAAAUGCUAAAAUUUGUACACAGAGCGUGACAACUCCUCUGAAAAGCGCCUGGAAGGAGACACUGACGGUGGGGCUGUCCGGCAAGUUCACCGCUCCUGCAGUUUUCGCUUUACUGGCAUCUGUUGUUUCCAUCACACAAGGUCCUUUUUAAAACUAAAGCUUCAGUAAAAUAUAUUUAGAGAAUUUCAA